CCUGACCCUGACCCCAACACUAAGGUUAACCAGGAGAAAUGUGACCCAACUGGGGUUCUCCAGAAAAAGGUGGUGCCGUACAGUAACGCCUCUUUUUUUGCUUGUCCAGUCAGGUGUGUUUCUUUAACGAAGUCCGAUCAGACGUGUUGCUUUAGAAUCACCUUUCCUUGUGACACGCCCACUUGCCCGCACUCGUCCGCAGAGACUCCUACUUGUGUUUUACCGAAGCGAACAAAAUGAUAUUGAGUUUUUGAAAACGUGUGCAAAAAACAGCAGUCCUGCGUAAUACCUGCUGUGUGGAUAAAACUACAGCAGCAGGUUCUCACCGGAAGUAGCGGACUGUAUUAAUUACGGACCAAUCUUGGUGGUGUUUUGGAGAGCCAUGAAUGACUUUGCAGUCCUCAACACAGGGAGGAAGAUGCCCCUGAUUGGACUGGGAACAUGGAAGAGUGAACCAGGAAAGGUAAAACAAGCUGUGGUGUGGGCGUUGGAGGCCGGCUAUCGUCACUUGGACUGUGCUUCCAUCUACGCAAAUGAGACCGAGGUGGGAGAUGCUCUGCAGGAGGUGCUCGGGUCUGACAAGUCCCUGAGGAGGGAGGAUGUGUUCAUCACCUCUAAGCUGUGGAACACCUGCCAUCAAGCAGAGGAUGUGGAGCCAGCCCUCCUGAAGACUCUGAAGGACUUGAAACUGGACUACCUGGACCUCUACCUCAUGCACUGGCCUUAUGCCUUCCAACGAGGAAACGUUCCUUUCCCCAGAAAAGAGGACGGCACCUUGUUGUAUGACGACACCGACUACAAGCUGACCUGGGCCGCCAUGGAGAAACUGGUGGAGAAGGGUCUUGUUCGGUCCAUCGGACUGUCCAACUUCAACAGCAGGCAGAUCGAUGACAUCCUGUCUGUGGCCAGGAUUAAACCCACUGUUCUUCAGGUAGAGAGCCACCCGUACCUGGCCCAGGUGGAGCUGCUGGCCCACUGUCGGGAUCAGGGUCUGGUGAUGACGGCAUAUAGUCCUCUGGGGUCUCCUGAUAGGGCCUGGAAACAUCCAGACGAACCUGUCCUGCUCCAAGAACCAGUUAUUGCCUCACUUGCAGAGAAAUAUAAAAUGUCACCUGCUCAGAUCAUCCUAAGGUGGCAGACACAACGAGGAGUGGUAACAAUUCCCAAGAGUGUGACAAAAUCUCGCAUCCAGGAGAACAUUCAGGUGUUUGACUUCACUCUGGAAGCAGAAGAAAUGAAAAGCAUCACAGCUCUGAAUAGAGGCUGGCGCUACAUUGUCCCAAUGAUUGAAGUGGAGGGAAAGCGUGUUCCCAGAGACGCAGGACAUCGUUACUACCCCUUUAACGAGCCCUACUGAUGACGCCACACUAAAGCCUGACUUUGUGCCUUUAUUUUACACUUUUCAACACAUCGCUGAUCAAUGUUCUUAUGAUUUGUUUAUUCCUGCACUUAUCGUGUGACUGUAAUCAUAUACGUUCUUUUUAAAUAAACAUUUUGCUACUUCUGA